ACAACGAAAACUGAAUGGGUGCUCAGUGGCCCCCAACAGUAUUUUUAUCGCUCAUUAUCUUAAUAAUCGUACAUUGUGCAAACUUACAAUUGCAGAAAUGGACACGUGAAUUCAAGCGAAAAUGGAAGGACAUUUCACAGGAACUGGAUGUACCAAGAAGAGGUAUAGAUAGACUAGAAAAGCCACAGCCAACGUUCCUGCAGCUUUUCUCAACGCGUACGAGACAAACUCGAUUCGAACACCAGAAUGUAAACACCUGCUGUUGUCAAGAGGGUAAUUUGAACAGUGGUUGAUGUCUGUCCGGAUUGUCUGUUGUACGUUUUACCUUAACGUGCACUAAACUUUGCGUAUGUUACCUUUUUAUGUGAACUUCCGAUUUCGUAUGAAUAUCAGGACCGUAAAAUUGACAUACACGAGCGUAAAAGUAACCCAAGUGAAGGAAAUGAGUCUGGAACGAUGGUGGAUUAGACUGUAGUUACCUACCUACCUAUACCUACUAGGUAGGUAGUAUAUACCUAGUAGCUACUAGCUAGCUACCUGUAGUACCUACCUACCCAGCCUAGUUCCCGAAUAGGUAUUCAUCAAUAAUGUCAACAUUAUCUGCUCUUGAGAGGGUGAGAAAAACCCUUGACAGUCUGGGUUACAGGGAGCCUUUGCCACCCAAUGGCUUGCCUUUGGUUACUAGGAUUUUGGAUGAUUUAAUUAAUGCUUCUAAAGAACUGAAGACGACUACAGAGGAAUUAACUCAAGUUAAAAAGAAAUGUGAUAAUGCUUCAGCCAGUGUGGUGCCCUACCAGGAGGAGAAUGGUCGCCUCCUGACCCAGCUCAACACUCUUCACAUGGAGAACAUCAAUCUCAGGGAGCAGAAUGAAAAGCACGCUAAAGAGCUGCAUAAUGCAUUACAGAAGCUAGAGGAGGAGAAUCAAGACCUUCGGUUUAUAGUAGGAGAGUACCAAAGGAAGAUAGAGGAUCUGGAAUCAGAGGCCAGGAAAAAGACAGAGAAAAUCCUACAAUUGCAGGAAAAGAAUCUAAAAGCAGUUGUUAGUACUCCUGGUGGCCAGAAGAAGCAGAUACCUUUCCAUCGCCAGCGUUUAGAAAUCACAUCUCAUCUUCCAGAGAAAAUCAUGUCUUCCUGUAACAAGUGUUCAAAGUGUGGCUGUGCUGGUGCAGGUCAGUUCCCAAACAACAAUGAUGCCUAUUUGGCUGACCUCCUACGAAUGACAGAUCAAAAGCUCCAGGAUUUACAGCAUGAGGUUGAGUGCAGUCGGAGGCAGGCUAAAGAAAAUGAGAACCAGUGCAAUAUGCUCAAGAAACAGAUAGCCAACAGAGAAGCAGAGAUUGCUAGGUUACAAGGCCUGUUGGAAGGGGGCCGAUCAGUGGCGGCAAUCAUAGAAGAUAACAGAUUACAAGCAGCUCAUGCUCAUCUACAUCAGCUGCAGCUUCACAAUGAUAUGCUUACAAAGACCAACAUACAUCUUGAGGGAAAACUUAAAAAUAUUCUUGGAGACACCCAUGAGGCCAUGAACCGAGCUGUUAAAUUAGCAGAUGAAAACACAGAUCUUACAAAUGAACUGGAAAACAUUGAAAAAACAACUCGAAUGUUGGAAGCAGAUGCUGCGAACACUGCUGAAACACUCACCCAGAGACUAGAGGAUGCUAGAGAAAAAUUAUUGGCAUGUGAAGCAGACCUGGCCGAACAGCAUCGCCUUUUCCACUUAAUGAGAGAUGAGAGAGAUAGGCUUUACAAGGAGCUUGUUCAGCUCCGCCAUAACCAUUCAAGACUUUCCCAUGACCACACACGACUGGUUACAGAGAGAGUGCCAAUGAUGGAUGAAAACAGGAAAAUGGAAGACCUCUUGAAGAAGGGACAAGAAGAAAAGAAAACCCUUGUGGACAAAAUCAACCACCUGACAGUCUCAUUGGAAGAGGCAGAAACAGAAAAGCUGCGCCUAUCAGUGGACGGAGAGAGCUUACGGCAGACUAUAAAAGAAUUGACAGAGCAGAAGGAAGCAGCAGAACAAGGGAAGGAGUUUUAUAUUGGUGAGACAGAGAAGCUUCAACUUCAAAACAGAGAAUUAGAACAGGAAAGAGAUUACUAUAAAGAGGAGUCCCAUAAGACAACAAUGCUGAAGGCAGAUAUGGAGCAAGAGCGUGACUACUAUAAGGAUCAAACUGGAGAGCUUUUGAGGGAGAAGCAGAGUAUUGAACAAGCAAAGGAUUUCAUGGGUGAUGAUGUUAGGAAAUUGCAAGCCCAAGUAAAACAACUUCAGUUGGAGAGAAAUUACUUCAGUGAUCAACUCAGUGAGACCCAAGGAGAAAAAGUUAAAGCAGAACGAGAGAGAGAAUACUACAGUGAACAAGUUAAUCAGUUACUUGAUAUCCUUAAGACCAAACCAUCAUCAACGCCCUCAUCUCCCCUGCAGAUCGGUAAACGUGGUAAACCGUUAUCACCAGACACAGAGCUUGCAAGAGUCAUCCAUGAGCGAGAUGUAUUAAAGCAAGAGAGAAAUUUCCUAAAGAUGCAGCUUCAGUCAUUGAAGAGUCAACAAGGUACUGCAGUUAAUGGAUCUGGGGGAUCAGUAGCUUCUGGACCAACUACAGGACCUGCAGCAGUUGUUCCUGGAGUAGUAAGCCCUCCUAGCACUGGUGUGAUUCCUGGAGGGCCUCCUGCGGCAGCUGCCCCCUCUGGCACUCCCCCACCUAGACCACAGUCUGUACCAACAGGAGCUGUUGAUGUGGAAACCAUCCGAAGAGAAAGGGACUUCUUUAAACAGCAAAUGGAGUAUUUCCGACAACAAUAUAAUAACCAGUUAACGCGUGCUCCUCCAUUAAGUGCUACAAGAUCCAUGGAUCAAGACAGAGGGCCAAGACCUCCACUAACAAGGACCUCCUCAGAAGCUUCGCCUCGCCUUGAAGGAGAUUCACGUGUUAUUCAGCAGGAGAGGGACUUCUUCAGACAGCAGUAUGAGGCUCUUAAAGCUAGUCUUGCUCAACCUGUAGUUCCUCCAGGAUCUGGAGAUGAAGCUGUAGACAUUAGUAAUGUCCUUCGUGAGAAGGAUAUGCUGCAGCAGGAAAGAGACUUCUUUAGAAGUCAGUACAACGAUCUUUCAAGAAAAAUGGCUCAAACAGCUGUGGCCACUCCAACAGUAUCUCAAGCAAUUAGACAAGAAAUGGAAUCCCUUCUAUCAGAAAAGCGAGGUAUGGCCAUAUCAAAAGCGGACUUGGAAGCACAGGUAAAAAAUCUGACUGAGAGAUUGAUAGAAGUCGAACAAGAGAAGAAAGCUAUUGAUAACCAUACUAGAGAGCUACAUUCUGCUAUUGAAAAACUACAGGAUGCUGCAACCUCAAAGUUCCCUCCUUCCACUCAAGCUUUCAUCAUGGAGGUCCGCAAAGCCAGAGAUGCUGCUCUUUCUGAUGUUGACAAACUAAAAAAGGAAAGAGAAGCCUUAAGAGAGAAAUUAAGGGAUGCUACUUCUCAUCAAAUGAGAGAAAAAGCUACAUAUGAUGAGGAGGCGUCUAAUUUACGACUCCAGAAUGAAGAGGGAAGGAGAAUGGCAGCAGAUUUACAGCAACGAUUACAAAGUGAAAGUAUAUUGAUUGCCUCAUUGCAAGAUCAAGUGCAAAGCUUACAAGAAGCAUUACAGUUAGCUCAUGGAGAACUUGGAUUGCAAGGAAAACAAUCUGAUGACAUUAAGAGACUUCUUGAACAGAAAGUAGGGCAGAUUGGUGAUACUGAACAGCAGCUGGAGUUCCGGUUAAAUCAGUUAUCAUUAGCUGAAGCGCGUGUGAAGGAUUUGGAGGGUCAGUUGUCCAGACUAAGCCAAGAGCUUGCUGAAUCUCGAGCCAGUGGUUCAGCAAUGAGGAAUAAUGUCACUCGUCUAGAUCAUGACAAAGAUUUAUUAACAGCCGAGUUAGACACAAAAACAGAACAGUUAGGAAACUUGAGGGACGAAUUAAGGAAAAAGGAAGCCCAGAUAGCACACCUUGAGGGGAACAUCACCAAACUACAAGGAAAGCUUGAUGCCGCUUUGUCAACCAUAUCAGCAGAGGAGCGGAGGUACCAGGGCGAAGAACGUCGCUCCCAAAGGCUGGAGCAAGACCUGGCAGCAAUCACUAUCGUCAGGGACAACGCAACAGGGAGAUUCUGUGAGUUGGAGAAUGUCUCUGAUUGCUUCAUCAUAAGUGGUCCUUAG